AUGAACGAAACCAAUAAAACUACAAAUAAUCCUAAUAAUAUGAUCCAACAACAAUUUCACAAAAGUAUGUUCAGCAGAAACCGUAGUAACAGUCUACCAUCAGUCGCAGCAAGUAAAACCAGCAAUAAACAAUCUCAAAACAAUGAACUAGAGCCUAAAAAUAAUGAUAAGAUCCCUUUAAACCCAUGGCAAAAUGAUCAAGUACCUCUUAAAAGGCAAAAAAGAAAGAAAACGAGCCCCAUCUGCAGAGACAAUACUAAGAAAUCUAAGAAUACACCCACCUUCGCAGUGCCUACUACGCAUAACAAAUUCGACAUCCUCAACAGUGAAGAAACAGAAGAACCGGUCUGA